AUGUCUACUCUGGAAUACUCAGAAGCGUCUACUUGCAUUAAACCAUCCCUUAGAAACAUCCACAAAUGUGAAAUGUGCCCAUUCUUCACAACUUCGAUGUUUCUUAUGAUAAAUCACGUCCGACGCCAUCAGUCUUCAACAAUAUUUGACUGUGAAACCACGAAAAUCGAAAUUUACGACUGCAAAGACUGCAAUUUUCAAACAGAGCUAACAAUCCUUUUCAAACUACAUAUUAAAGAGUAUCACAAUCGUAAAAAAGACCAAGAUUUAUCACGUUACAACGUUAAACGCUACAGCUGCGAAACGUGCAUUUUUGAAACACAUUUCUCGUUGAAGUUUCUUCAACAUACUACAGCAUGUUUGAGAACAGGUUGUGGUACCAGAAAAAACAUUAAAUGUGACCAGUGUGACUACAAAGCCAACAAAAACUAUCUUUUACAACGACACAGGAUUUCCAAACAUUUGACAGACGACGAAAUCAGUUGGUACUACUGCGGAAAAUGUUCAUACAAAGCAAAACGCCGAGAAAGUUUGCAAGCUCACACGUAUGCCCGACAUACAGACGACCGGUAUAUACGAUGGCACGAGUGCAAAGUCUGUUCAUUCAAAAGUAAAGCUUCCGGUGCUUUAAAACGUCACCUAAUUCGACACAAUUUAGACCACGAUGAUACCACCUGGUACACCUGUGACCAUUGCUCCUUCAGAAGCAUACAUAAAACGAGUUUAACCAAGCACCUGAUCAUACGACAUUUAAAUAAGGAAGAUGUUGAAUGGCACGAAUGCGACUUGUGCCCGUACAAAGCCAAACUUAAGAAUAUGCUGAACCGUCAUGUACGGAGGCGGCAUUCAGAUGUUGAUGAUCCUAAAUGGUUUGAAUGCAACCUUUGUCCAUUUAAAACCAGUCGUAAGAUCAUUUUCAACAAUCACACGAAGAACAAGCACUUGAAUGGACAAGGCGUUAAAUGGUAUGAGUGUCAAAAAUGUCCACACAAAACGAAACGAAAAGAUCUACUAAAUUUUCACGUAAUUUCGCGUCAUUUGAAUGAGGAAGAGAUUAAAUGGCACGAGUGCGACAAGUGCCCGUACAAAGCGAAAAUUAAAGGAACGUUAAAAUCGCACAUAAAUAAAUGUCAUUCGGAUAAAUAA